AUGGUUACCCAACGUUCUCCAGUAUCAGAAUUUAAAUUCAAACAUCCAGCACACAAGCGGAAACCGAAGAAUUACUACAGUAUGGUGCAUAGUAUCGAUGUCGACUACUCACUUUCGUCCUUUUCACGGCUUCCGAAGCACCUUCGACAUUCGAUAUGGAGGUUCGCGCUUCCAGAUCCGAGAAUUAUAUUCUUAAAAAAGUAUGCUAUUUCUCGUUGUGAGCACGCCAUGGUUAGAGUACGCUCAGAUUUGGCUGUGCCGGAUAGAUGCAAAGACGGUGCUCGCCCUGAUUCAUCCAAAAUUCUUUGCACCGGUAUGGAUGACAUACUACCGCAGGAUGUCAAAGAUUUGGAAGAAGUCCGGGCACGCAUCAAGCAUGAUGGUCAAUAUGGUUUCUCGUCAGAUGCACAAAUUCCAAACUUGUUGUUGGUUUGCAGGGAAUCAUACAAUAUCGCCUUCGCAAGAUACAACCGAGCGUUUCCGUCUGUUGGAGCUUUUGCUGAGACCUACUUCGAUCACAAAAGAGACGUUUUAUUACUUCUUGGGGAACAAGUAGUAUGUGUGUGCGGUUGGCAAUGUCGUGAACCUAUGGCGUCAUUCGAGGCAUGUAAAAUUGAUCAUGUUGCUUUUCAAUAUGAACCCAUAUCAAAAGGGUCCGCAUUCCAUCAAAACGACAAGAUAGCCAACACUUCCACACUUGCUAGGCUAUCGUGUACGUUCUACAAUAUUAAAAGUUUAACGAUUGUGAUUGAAAACUAUCGAAGUGAUGAUCACGAGAAUGGCAUAGCCGAGGGUCAGAGAGACAGUGAGCUGGUAUUCUUCGACCCAGUGGACAUCGGUGAAGCUCUGCGCAUGUUGCGUUCGCCUGUUACUAAACGUAGUGAUCUUUGUGGCGUAUUGAUCCCUGAGCAUCCAUUACGAGGUAAAUUAGACUUCGAUAAGAAUCUUCUUUACGAUCUUCAAUCAGAAGACCGCGCAAAAGGCUUAUGGUGGAGAUUGCCGAAACUCAGAUGGAAAAAUCUCACGACUGCCACGUUCAAAAGGAGAUUCGAGAAAUUGCUAGGAGAAUACGAGCUACGUACCGGCGUGACCUGUUACAGAGUUGCAGGAACUGACGAUCUUAGCCCGUGUUCCUGA